ACGGAGGGUUGCUUUCGGUGCUCGUCCCAGCUGAUUAGCUGAAUCUACGUGGCGUUGUUAGGAGACGUGUUAAAGGGGAGGGAGUGGAGGUGGUAGAAUAUGGUUCCCUGGCGUCUCGGUCCCCCGAAGAUGGAGAUGAGCUUAAAAUACAAACAGGGACAAACGUACUGGAAAAGGCUGGAGGCCUGUCGAGACGAAUAAGCGAAAUACUUACGGUUUGGUAAAAGCGUGGAGCGUUCGUUAAGGUGCCAUAUGAAACACUGAACAAACGGUUUCGAGCUGCACAGAAAAACAUUGAUCGAGAGACUAGCCACGUUACAAUGGUUGUGGCAGAGCUGGAGAAGACGCUGAGCAGUUGUCCUGCUGUGGAUUCAGUUGUUAGUCUCCUGGAUGGAGUAGUUGAAAAACUCAGUGUUCUGAAACGAAAGGCAGUUGAAUCAAUCCAGGCUGAAGAUGAAAGUGCAAAACUCUGCAAACGUAGGAUUGAACAUCUGAAAGAACAUAGUAGUGACCAGCCAGCUGCUGCAAACAUGUGGAAGAAGAAACGUAUGGAUCGUAUGAUGGUGGAACAUCUUUUACGCUGUGGCUACUAUAAUACAGCUGUAAAACUAGCGAGACAAAGUGGUAUUGAGGACUUGGUAAAUAUUGAGAUGUUUUUGACUGCUAAAGAAGUGGAAGAGUCAUUGGAAAGACAAGAGACUAUGACUUGUUUGGCUUGGUGUCAUGAUAACAAAUCCAGGCUCAGAAAAAUGAAGGGGCGCCAAAAUGAGAAUGAACCGAAGAUGGGACGCAAAAGUAAAUCGGCCAGUGAUUACUCUAAAGAAAAUGAUGAUCUUGUUAUGGAAACCAUUAAAGGAAAACCAGAAUUGAGCUGUCUGGAGUUCAGCCUAAGGAUUCAGGAGUUCAUUGAACUCAUUCGACAGAACAAGAGACUGGAUGCUGUGAGACAUGCAAGAAAGCAUUUCAGUCAGGCUGAGGGAAGCCAGCUGGAUGAGGUUCGACAAGUGAUGGGAAUGUUGGCCUUUCCUUCAGACACUCAUAUCUCCCCCUAUAAGGAUCUCUUGGACCCUGCUCGAUGGAGAAUGCUGAUCCAACAGUUUAGAUAUGAUAACUACAGACUACAUCAGCUGGGAAACAAUUCUGUUUUUACUAUAACACUCCAGGCAGGCCUUUCAGCUAUAAAAACACCACAGUGUUAUAAAGAGGAUGGGAGCUCAAAAAACCCAGACUGCCCUGUGUGUAGCAAAUCCCUGAACAAGCUGGCUCAGCCUCUGCCUAUGGCACAUUGUGCCAACUCCCGACUAGUCUGCAAGAUUUCGGGGGAUGUAAUGAACGAAAAUAAUCCUCCUAUGAUGUUACCAAAUGGAUAUGUCUAUGGAUACAAUUCUCUGCUUUCUAUUCGUCAAGAUGACAAAGUAAUUUGCCCAAGAACCAAAGAAGUCUUCAACUUCUCACAAGCUGAGAAAGUCUACAUCAUGUAGGUCCAUAAAACACAUGAUGAAGUGCCGCUGGAAUUUUGACACGGUGUAUAUUGGCAUACCCUGUAAAGGGGGGGGCCUUAAUGUGUGGCAAAGAAGCAAAAGCUGCCACCUUGGGGAUCAGACCUGUCGGUGGCAUUAUUGUUUCUUGCGACCAAAGAUCAAUGAGCAACAAUAAACACUCUUUAAAAAAAAAAAAAAAAAAAAGAGGGGAAUUACGACUUAAGUUUGUACUUGAAUAAAAACAAAAACAAAUUUUGAUUGUUAAGGUUUUGUAACAUAAGGUCAAAAAUUGGACUCUUCUCAAAAGUACUUUCAUCUUCUAAAGGAUAACUUUCUUUAAAGAUGGACACUUGCACUGGGGGAAAAGUUACAACAGAUUUGAAAUUAAAUCCAUUUUUCUUCCCUCUUUUUCACAAUUGUCCAAGACCCUUUUGUUAUCAAAGAUUUCAGUACUACCAAUAUGUUCUCCUUUAAUCUCCUCUUUGCCUUCUUUAUGAUCCUCUCGUGAAGUAAUCCUGAAAGUGAACUAUGUAACUUAUUUCCAUGGGAAGAUAUUGGUGUCUUUGACACAAGACUGGCUUCUCUGGAGGAUCAACUAGGGACUGGUUUGAAGGAGUAUGAAGUCUUUUUCCAAACCCAAAUAUUUUAAGGAGGUUGCAUAAGUAUCAAGAGGAACUGAGAACAUUUCAGGCAAAAUCCAAUGCUUGUUUAAAUGUUCUUUUUCCAGUCUACCAUAGUGUUAAAGUCCUUCUAAAGUUAUUAGUUAUGUGCAUAGGGUUCAAUAUGAAAUCAUUAGUGCUACUGCCUUAUUUCUUGCUUUGAGAAUGUACUCACAUGAAAAUGAGCUGGUAUUCUUAAGUGUUGGGCGAAGUUUCUGAAGAUGCCUUGCAGGAUGAUUACAUAAUUUUAGGGUCUAAAUAGUAUUCAUUACUGAAACUAAUAGUUCAAUUUUAACAACUACAGAACACAUCCUUAUGACUUUUCAGAAGAAUUAAACCAUUGUAGUUUAAACAAAACCAUAUUGUAGAGGUUUGUAUUUAGCGCUUAUUUUUGCAUGUUGAUGUUGAUUAGCUAAUAAAAGAUUGUAAAUGUAAAACA